GACAAAUGAACAAUCAUCAAAUCAUGCUCAUGGAGAGCAAAGAGUUUUAUUGAAGGAUUUGUGGAUCGAAUAUUUUGCUCUUUUCACAUCUCGUCGAGUAAUGAUAAUCUCAAAUAUAAUUGUGGCUCUUUGUUUGCUCACAGUGAUAAAUGUGAAGCCGAUCAAGUCAUCUAAUUCAACAAAAUGUCACAGGCUUUGUGUUUGCCCUAAUUUGACGAUCGUAGAUUGUUCGAAUAAAAGUUUAACUUCGGUGCCUGAUGAUCUGCCAGUCAGUGUGAAAAUAUUAUUAUUAAAACACAAUGGGAUAAAGAGCUUAUCACCUAAUAGUUUUCUUGGUCUUCGUAAUCUGACGGAAGUUGACCUUUCUGGAAAUAAACUUGAUUGCAACUGUUCACUGUCUUGGUUGAAAAAUGCGAGUAGCUCUCGUAUAAAGUUUAAAGCGAUCUGUGAAAGCCCACCUCAGAUCAGCGGGAGAUCAUUCAAAGACAUUUCGAUGGACGAUAUGUGUAGCACCCCUUCAUCAACUCAAGUUGCUAUAACACCUGGCCGGAGUACGCAGUCGCAAACCAAUACGACGCCUCAUCCUACAACCAUGCCUGCGCUAUCUACGGCCAAAGAAUCUGUAACGUCAAGCAAAAUUCGUACAACAACUGCAAAUACCUCAAUGACACGUAGUACUCCCCAAACGACGAUUAUCGAAACGCAAACGACAACGGUCAAACCUCAAACGACGACCGUCGAAGUCCAAACGACGACCGUCAAAGUCCAAACGACGACCGUCGAAGGCCAAACGACGACUGUCAAACCCAAAACGGCAACUGCCGAACCUCAAACGACCACCCACGAUGCUCCAACAACAGUUGAACGAACAGAAACAAAAAUUACAAUGCCUCAACCGACCCAUCAACCGAAUGUUAGUUCUUCUCCGGCCCCAACGGGUCGGCAGAAUCUGACAGAUUCUGGUAAUCUAACUAGUAUAGUUGAAAGGUCUAACAGGAAAGACUUGAAUGCCGUGUUGCUCAGGGAUGUGAUUAAGAAGCUUGAAAGUGUUGUGGAAGGACAGAAUCACAGCGACAGCAAGACAACAAAGGAUAUUUUACUUGUCUCAAGCAAUCUAAUGAGAAAAGAAAAUCGCAAAAUCUGGUCUACUGCGAACAAGAAUUUUCCUGCAGGCGAAAGCCUUCUCAAAAUUGUCAAUAAAGCAAUGAGACUUUUCGCAUUGGGGAUGUUAAAAUCAACGACAAAUAACUCGCAACAUUUCUCGGUCAACCACACCAAUCUUGAGGCUGAAAUCUAUGUUGAUGUUGGGCAGAAGUUAUCGGAGAAGGAAAUUCAAUUUCCUUCUACAAAGUCUACUAAGAAUGAUUACGUUACGUUCUCCAAAUCAAGUUUUAAAACAGCAGGCAAAAAUAAAGUGUCUGUGAUUGGAAUGAAAUCUGCCGAGUUAGGAGACCUUUUACCUCAGCGUUCAUUGAUUGAUGAUUUCGACAGUUUCAAAACUGGUUCUGGUGUACUGUCAGCAAGUGUUCUUUCCCUCGAAGGAAAGAUUUCAUCAUCAGUAAAAAUUAGUUUUAACAACAAGGGUUUCUUAGGCAAGGACGAGGAACUCACUAAAUGUGUCUUUUGGAAACAUGAAAAUACGGGCAAGGAUGGCAAUGAAGAAGUGUCAAGUGGAUGGUCUGAUGAAGGUUGUAGACUUUCAUCACGCAACAGAAGCACGACGAUAUGCCACUGUGAUCACAUGACUGACUUUGCAGUGCUAACACAAAGUAUACAGUUUAAGGUGGUUACGAAGCCCACAGUGAUCAUGUACGUCGCUGGUCUAUGUCUGUUGUUUGGAGCAUUGAUUGCUAUGAUGCGAAAUAUUUUUGUUUGGUGUAAAACAAGAAAUGAAAGGUUGUCUGUUCUCGUUCACGAAUGCCUUGCCUUCAUACUAGCUGCGGUGGUAUUCUUACUAGGACUCUUUUUGGAGCAUCAUCAGGUCAUGUGCAUGAUAUUUGCUGCCUUGUUGCAUUGGUUUAUUCUUGCUGUUUUCUGUUGGAUUCUGGCCGAGUUUCUGCAACUGUACAUGUGCAGCCAUUUUGGAUGGAAUAGAAGCAGCUCGAGACUGAAGUAUUUUUCAGUUAUUGGUUGGGUUUUCCCUUUGGUUCUCGUGGCCAUAACACUUGCAAUCACACGAAAAAACGAAUAUGGCUCCACGCAGUGGUGCUGGUACAGUAAUUCUGAGAUUAUUCUUUUGACCUAUGUCGUUCCUAUUGUUCUAUGCAUAUUGUUCAGUAUUAUGGUUAUUCUAAAGAUUACGUGUUUCAAGUCUGAUGCAACGGAUGAAGGCGAGAAACGAGAUCUAAGUAUUGUCAUGGCUCUAUCUGCAUUUCUCAUUCCCCUGGUCCUAUGUGCGUUUACAAUGGCCGCGUUAUCGGCUGAGGAACCGGAGGAAGAUGUCUUCCAGUACUUGUUUGCUAUGUUUUGUAUUCUAGUUGCAAUUUACAUCGUGGUAUAUCAUUGUUGGCUAGAUAGAGAGGUCAUGAAACUUUCAGUUAGAAAGAAUGUUGAAAGGCCUCGACCAAAACGUGAUUAUUACAGCACUAAAGAGACUGUAAUGUAUUCUGAAGGCACCUCCGAAGGGAAGAGUUUCAGUUUAAUAUUUCCGUCUCGAAAAUCUCCGGAAAAGAAGCCUGCGAAGACCGACAGAAAAUCAGCGAAAAGAAGCGAUUCUUCAUCUCCUUUUGACUACGACUCUACCGUACCCAUGUAUCCUGGUAUAAAUGAUUCCUCGCUGAAGUCAUUUAAAAGUCAAGUGUCAACACAACAGCACACGUUAGACACUCCUCCUAAUACGCUGACAGCCAUCACGAUAUCUCGACCAAACAGCCAGUGUAUCGAGCUCACCUCACUUUCUGAUCUCGACCGACGACCCGACGGUGCUGAGCAAACAGAUGCUGGCGAAACCGGCGAGUUCUAUGGCUCUAGGCAUAGCAACCCGUUGGACAGGGAGAGACAGCGAACUAGCGGCUGUAGCACGGACUGUACAAAUAAUUCCACUACGUUCGGUAAGGAAAAGGUAGUCCCAAAGCCCUCGGAGGCACCUGGGGACAAUGAGGGUAAAAACCGGAUUUCUGGUGCCAGUAGCGUGGGGUUAUCACGAACGAGCAGGAGCUCAGUGUCCGGUGCUUCACAAACUGCUCCUGGAGAGGAGAACUUAAAUGAUGACGGAUUUGAAGACCAACCGUUCAUCCGUCGUGAAAGCGAACUUGGACCUGAGAUACGAUCGGAUCCUCCCGCGAAAAUUCCCAAGCGUCGAAAGCGCGGUUCGCGGCGUCGUUUGGAUGAAGAGUUUCAUGAUGAUGAAACUGAUGAACUAAAACCAAAAGUAACUAGACAGAGCUCUUCCACGUUGCCUUCGGAGGAAAACUCUUCCGUUAAACUCAAACACUACACGAGUUUUUAAAUGCUUUAUAUUAACAGUUCUUUUUAUUGCACAAUCUGACCUUAUUUCCGGCGUUGUCGAAGCUUUUUACCACAAUAUUUUGUGGGGUUUUUAUCGCAAUUAAUGUUUGAAUUUCUUACCGUGAUGACUUAGCCUAUACUGCUUAGACUCUUCAAAAUUUGGCAUGUGUACAGCGAGAUUUUUCCAAACGUGAAAGGGUCGCCGAUUGACCCUCACAAACGUUUCUUGAAAUUUAAAUUAACAUGGGCAAGUUAACGGAUAGCGAACAGUCGAAUGGGCUACAUUUGAUAAUAUCAAGUGAUGUUUAAUAUGUACGCAAAACAGCUUGCAAUAGUAUCGAUGACAAUGGAACCUUUCUCUUUCAGUAGACUAGAAAGCGCAUAUUUAAUUGUUUUCAUGCCAAAUUCAAGUCUUGCAUGGAACGGAUUAUACCUGCGAGUUUGUAUAUUACAUACAAAUCGAUUUUUUAUUGCUUAAUAUUUGCACUGUUUUAAUGACUAUAUUGUAAUUUCGUUUACUGGAUGUUUAAAAGUGGAACAUGUUACCUUUACAGUGAUUUCUCAUCA